UCUAAAUAUAAUAAUCUGAUCUCGUCUUCCCUGAAAAUUCUCUUCCGGGUCCCGGGACAUUGCAGCAAAGAUCGACUUUGGCGCCCAACAGCUUUCGAUGAUAUUUCCUGCAGCCUGGCCCUGUUCAUCGCUCUGCCCAACGUGGAUGCGCUCGAUCCCCAGCCUCCUUGUUCCGCAUCACUUUUAUGCCUUAAAACCCUGUUGGGACGCUUGCGAUCGGACCUUUUGCGCUGA